GCGCAACCUUUUCGACCUUUUUCCCCCACUUUUGUCGUGAGUAUAUCUCCUACGGAUCCCACGAGGAUCUGCUUCUGUGUCUACUUCGACGGUCUGCGCAAUCUAUCAUCAUGUCCGCUCCCGCUUCAAAAGGCCUGUCGCGGGCCCUGCGCCAGGUCAAACGACCCUCUCUCCCCAAAAGUUCUCUACGACCGACCUUUGCUAUUUGCCAGCCGCGACGAUCAUUCAAAUCUACUCCAGUGAAAAGGGAAGACACCAGCGAGCAAGGUCACAAGGUUAAAUACACUACAGACAUGUACCCGUCAUUGAAGCGAGAUUCGAGGUUUUCAGAAAUCACAUCCGAUCAUGUUCAAUUCUUCAAAUCCGCGCUGGGCGAUGACGCCGCAGUUCUUGAUGGUGUCACCAAAGAUGCCGCAGAUGACCUGGAACCUUUCAACAGUGAUUGGAUGCGCAAAUACAGAGGAAAGACAAACCUUGUCCUGAAGCCAAAAAACACACAAGAGGUCAGCAAAAUCCUCAAGUAUUGCAACGACCACAAGCUCGCCGUAGUUCCCCAAGGAGGCAAUUCCGGUCUGGUCGGAGGGAGUGUCCCCGUCUUUGACGAAAUUGUAAUUUCCUUGUCACGCAUGAACAACAUCCGAGGCUUUGAUGAUAUCAGUGGUGUUCUUUCCGUCGAUGCUGGAGUCAUUCUUGAAGUCGCCGACAACUUCCUCGCAGAACAUAAUCACCUGUUUCCUUUAGAUCUGGGAGCCAAGGGCUCAUGCCAGAUUGGAGGAAACGUAGCCACCAAUGCUGGGGGCCUGCGGUUAUUACGUUAUGGUUCCCUUCACGGAAAUGUUCUUGGGCUCGAAGCCGUUUUACCAGACGGCACCAUCGUCGAUGACCUCAGCCUCCUGCGCAAGAACAACACGGGCUACGAUCUCAAGCAGCUUUUCAUCGGCGGUGAAGGCACCAUUGGCAUCAUCACCGGUGUUUCUGUCAUCUGUCCUCAAAGGUCCAAGGCGGUCAAUGUUGCAUAUUUUGGUCUCGAGUCUUUUGAAAAAGUACAAGCAGCCUUCAAGGAAGCCAAGAUCCAGCUGAGUGAGAUUCUUUCCGCCUUCGAGUUGAUGGACGGUCAGAGUCAAGGUUUCGUUCACCAAGUGACCGGCAAUAAAAACCCCUUGGAGGGCGAAUACCCCUUUUACUGUCUAAUUGAAACUAGCGGGUCCAACACCGAACACGAUAGCGAAAAACUCGAAAAGUUUCUUGAGCAUGUUAUGGGUGAAGAGAUUGUCUUGGAUGGAGUGUUGGCCCAAGAUGAAUCCCAACUCCGCUCCUUGUGGAGGUGGCGUGAGGGCAUCACCGAAGCCAUCGGUCAUUUCGGUGGAACAUACAAAUAUGAUGUCUCCAUCCCCAUCCAGGACUUGUAUAAAUUGGUUGAGGACACGCGAGAACGAUUACAGUCGAAGAACCUGAUCGGUGACGACGAUUCAUUUCCGGCGCUCGGUGUGGUGGGUUACGGACAUAUGGGUGAUUCCAACCUCCACCUGAAUGUGCCAGUACGGAGAUAUACAAAAGAAGUGGAAGAAGCUAUCGAACCUUGGGUCUAUGAAUGGAUCCAGAAACGGAACGGUAGCAUCAGUGCUGAACAUGGUCUGGGGAUUGCCAAGAAGAAGUAUAUUGGUUACAGCCGGAGCGACAACAUGAUCAGACUCAUGAAACAGAUCAAGGAUCUCUAUGAUCCCAACGGAAUCAUGAAUCCGUACAAGUAUAUAUAACCAAUUGAAACCAUUUAUGGCCAGCAUUAAGUGAAGCCG